CACCAGCACCCUACACACAGUCAUGGCUCUUACUGUUGUAACUUUGUUCGCCGUGGUGGUGGCCACAGUGUCUGCCCAGUAUGGCUACAAGCCCGCCUACGCGCCAGAGCCGUACGCACCGCCCAAGUACGAGUUCACGUACGCUGUCAACGACCCGUACACGUACGACGUCAAGAGCCAGAAGGAGUCACGUGACGGCGACGUAGUGUACGGCGUGUACGAGCUGCUAGAGCCCGACGGCUCCAAGAGGGUGGUCACCUACGAGGACACUGGCUACGGCUUCCAGGCCAAGGUGGACAAAUUGCCCGGUGGAUACCCCUCGUACCCCAGAUACUAGUCAAGUGCUCGCUAUAUUGUACAAAUAUUUUAUACUUUUGUAAAUAAACUUUCCUCUAAAAAAUGUA